AUGUCUAAUCAAAAGAAAAAGGGUAAGAAGAAGACGCCUUCAACUAGCAGCAAAUCAUUAAAAGGACCAAUCGAGGACGAUGACUUCCCAGAUGCAAUUCUGUUUGACGACGACGGGACUAUCUCUGGGCGGGAUUGUUUAGAUAUUAGCAAAUUACUACUAUCGACCGGGAAACAACUGAGCAAAACGGGAACCACAUUUUUAGAGGUAUUUCAAAACCGGUGCGCAUUGAGUAUAGGUACAGCUCUCAUAACAUUGUAUGAACUUUUCGAAGGCGCGAACGAAGAAUGCCAGAAAGUUCUUCAGUUUCGCAUAGUUCUGAUGUACUUAGUCUACAAAUCUAGAGAUUUAGAACCGGCAUUGCGUAGAAAGCAGGACAAAAGUGAUCCAAAAAGCAAAGAUAUCAUAGCGGGACACCCUUUUCUUGAUUUUUUCCUUAUCGCAUACGAAGAGAAGAUCUCCAAGAGCGAAACAUUGAUAGCUGCUAAAAUUCUGGACAGAAAAGCUACUGACUUGGGUUCUAUGACCCCUUCUGAUGUGAUCAAAACUGCAGAAGCUGCUGAUUUGGAAUCUGCGUGCGCAGAUGAUGUCGAGAAGCAGAUGAUGGCGAAUCGAAUGAGAUGGCCUAUAGGUUAUGAGGAGUAUCUUUCAUCUGCCGUAACAUCUAACACCGUUGUAAAGAAACCAAAUAUUGACGUAUCAUCAUUAACACUUGAGGACUUGACACGUAUUAGUAUAACUUUAUUAGUGAAAAAAACAGGAACUCUCCCUUCCCGAAACUUGGGAACAUAUGAGUUAAUGAAUUUCGUACAACCAACUCAACAUGAGUACGAUCACAAUCCCAGAGAAAGUGCAGAUAUUAGAGAUUUUACGGUAUUCAACACCGAUUAUGAAGAUGAUAUUCCCGAUGAUGAAUUGGAGCAAGAUAGAGAAAAGGCUGAACAGACUGUAAUAGAAAAGGCGUCUCAAACAUUUUUGGUUCAAGAAGCAGCUAAUCUCAAUUUAACAGAACUUGAUGAGGAUCUCACCGAUAGAAAGACAGCAACAGCUGAAGAAACCAAAAUAACACCCGUCGAUAAAAUCCUGAAAGGAGAAAGCUUGAGUCCGAAUGAAAUACGUGCAAUGUUGAAAAUAAUGAACGAAUGUGAUCUGGACGAUCCCAUACUGGACCGUUUGAAAGGAUUGAAUGGAAAGAAUCUGCGGAAGUUUAUCGAAGAAAAUGUGAAAGUAGCUAGUGAAGCAGCUUUCAAGAUUGUUUCCCAGAAUCCUGUACUGAUUCAUAUUUAUAUGAAUGUUCUCUUAGAAAUGGAUGUUUCAGUGCAAGGUUUAGAAUUGGUGAGGCGACUUUACGAGAACAUUCCUAAUUUGAGCUUCGAUCCAUUACGUGAAUUUGUAUUCUCAAUAAUGGAUCAUUGCCAGAAUGGUACAAUCUCUUCUUCUCAACUGGUCCGCACAGUCAGAAUGGUUUGCAUGUUUGUUACUUCGUUGGUGAAGCAUGGUCUUCUUAAAAACAAAAACGUACUUCUGGGAAUUCAAGAUUUCGUAUUAAAACAUCGAGAAAUUAAGGAAGCUACAAUACUUUAUCAAGUUAUUGUAAAUGUUAUGAAGACACCAGUGGAAAGCUAG